GCAGCCAUUUUGCUCAAGCAGACGCUGCCGGGGGUGCAGGCACGCCAGGCAAAUUUCGGCCGGCAGCUGCGAUGCCGGCCCCUUCCAUCCCAGGCUCCGCCAGCGGCAAACAUUUGGCAGGGGACCCGGAAGAGGAGUCGAACCUGGAGGCAUCCGAGUUCCGGAGCAUUGCCAUCGAGGUGCCCGGAGGCCACGUUCAAGAGGUGGAAGAAGGGCUGCAGAGACUCCGUCAGCAGUUCGAAGCAGAGAUUCAAAGCAUCACGGCUCGGUUGGGGAAUGUCGAAAAGCAGCUCGGCGUUUCGGAGAUGCCCAGUCCGAACUUCCAAAGCAGAUCUCCGAACAGCAGUGCUGAAAGGGUCGAGACGGUGAAGACGGAAGACAGAUCUACGCCUGUGCAUUUUGAGGAGAGUGCGUGGAACAUCCCUUUGGUCCUCGGUCUUGCAGAUGUGGGUUGGUUUGACAACGUCUUUGCAGUGCUGCUGGUGCUGCUAAACCUGCUGAUGCAGGGGUCGUUUUCGCAGAUUCUGUUGUCGGAGUACUUCAUGGGUGAGCCUUUCGAGACGAACUUGCAGAGUGCCAAGACGUGGCGGACAAGCAUAGCUCAUGACUCUCGUUACCUGGACUUGGCUGGAACGAGCCUUGUUUCUCGAGUGUGUGCUGGCGAUGGGUCCUUAAUCCUGUCCACGGUCCAGGCCACGCUAAUCGAGCAAAUUAACGACUUCCUGGGCUUGCAAGCGACUGAAUUUGACUUCAACUUCUGGCAACCGGGCACUCUCCUGUGCAUGUUGUGCAUCUUGCUGUGGAGCUUGUGUGUCUACAAGGAAUUCCGAAAGAUUUGGCAUGCGUUGGAGGCGGCCGCUACAAUUCCAAAGGCCAGCGCGACGGACUUCCGCGACAACACGAUUCACUGCCUGUCCUGGGGUCGUGCUCUGGCGCUGCUGAUCACGUACAUCAUCCGAGCAGGCAUCGCCUCCGUGCUGCUGGUUGCCGGAAUCCUAUGGCUGGCAAGGACAACAUCCAUUGAGGAGCUGAUGCUUAACUCGGUUGCUUUGAACGCCAUCUUGGAUGUGGAUGAGUUCCUCUUCGAGGGCAUGACACCUAUCAAGCUCCAGCACGCGGUGCGAAGUGUCGAGCCCAUCAGCGUCAAGUACUCGCACCGGCGCAGCCAGGUGGAGUCCAUGGUGCAUUUCCUCGCGGUGCUAGCAACGGUCCUGGCUUCGUAUCUGUUCCUGCUCGUGCCUCUCUGUGAAACCAUGAUGACAGUCAAACGCGAGCUGUGCGAUGGCCAGAGAAACUUCGUGGUCGCGUACAACACGGAGACGCAAGUUUCAUGGGGCAUGGAUACAGAGGACAUUGCUACAGUGCGAGCCUCUUAUGAGCUUUCGCCCGUCGAACGAGCCGUAAUGGCUUACAAGGGCACUCCUUCGAGUCUGCAAGAUGACUGGCCUCGGACAAUCUAUUUCUCGGACAACAGGCGAACUUUCAACACAGACCUUGCUCGCACGGUCACCAACCUUGGCGAGCAGUUCCCGUUCUGCAUGGAGACGACUGUCCUCGUGGAAACUGGACAGCUGCAUCAAGAUCCCGCCUUGCAGCCAAUCGUCGAACUUUUCUUUCGUAACGCUGCUUCAGCUCUGGGACGACCGUAUGCCACGACAUGCGCCGAGCUUGCUGAUCUUUGCAGUUUGCCAGAUGCCCGACUGCUGCGUGUGACCUGCGGCCAAACCUGUGGCUGCACCGACCCUGUAAGCUCUGCAUGGCACAAGGUGACACCUAUGGGAUGUUCCGGCACGUGCCUGGCCGAAGCACGGGCCAAGCUUCAUUCCCUGCCCUGCGAUGAUGAUGUGAUCAACGAUGCUGGUUGGCAAGCCUUCUGGCAUGAGUACGAAGGCGCUAUUAUCGGACACUAUGGAGAGGGAGAUUUCUUGGCCCAUGGGUGCGCCGUCCUGCAGACACUGCCUUCUGAGAUCUUGACAGUGUGGCUGCCGGGAUGGACGAGCGUCACCUUUGCCAGACGGUUUGCCGAGCUACUGCCCAAGCAGCUGCUCAAACAGCACGUCUUCUUGACGUCGUUUGAUGUCCUGGAGCCUGAGAAGUCGACCCUGCUGAGGAUUGCCAACCUCUGCGGGAAAAUGCUCGCAAAUCUUGGACAUGGUACUGAGGGAUAUCAUGUGCCCGGAGGCCACAUUCACGAGGUGGAAGAUGGGCUGCGGCAACUUCGCCAGCAGUUCGAAGCCGAGAUUCAAAGCCUCACGGCUCGGUUGGGGACCGUCGAAAGACAGCUCGGCGUUUCAGAGACACAGAAUCCAACCUCGCAAGAUGCAUCGCCCGACAGCUGCUCUGCAGACGAGAUGGAAGGUAGAUCAACGCCCGUGCGCUUUGAGGAGAGUGCGUGGAACAUCCCUUUGGUCCUCGGUCUUGCAGAUGUGGGUUGGUUUGACAACGUCUUUGCAGUGCUGCUGGUGCUUCUAAACCUGCUAAUGCAAGGGUCUUUUUCGCAGAUUCUGUUGUCGGAAUACUUCAUGGGUGAGCCGUUCGAGACGAACUUGCAGAGUGCCAAGACGUGGCGGACAAGCAUAGCCCAUGACUCUCGUUACCUGGACUUGGCCGGAACGAGCCUUGUUUCUCGCGUGUGCGCUGGCGAUGGGUCUUUAAUCCUCUCCACGGUGCAGGCCACGCUUGUUGAACAAAUCAACGAUUUCUUGGGCUUGCAGGAAACGGAAUUUGCAUUCAACUUCUGGCAGCCGGGCACUCUCCUGUGCAUGUUGUGCAUCUUGCUGUGGAGCCUGUGCGUCUACAAGGAGUUGAGGAAGAUUUGGCAUGCACUGGAGGCGGCCGCAACGCUCCCAAAGGCCAGCGCGACGGACUUCCGCGACAACACGAUUCACUGCCUGUCCUGGGGUCGUGCCCUGGCGCUGCUGAUCACGUACAUCAUCCGAGCAAGCAUCGCUUCCGUGCUGCUGGUUGCCGGAAUCCUAUGGCUGGCAAGGACAACGUCCAUUGAGGAGCUGAUGCUUAACUCGGUUGCUUUGAACGCCAUCUUGGAUGUGGAUGAGUUCCUCUUCGAGGGCAUGACGCCUAUCAAACUCCAGCACGCGAUACGAAGUGUCGAGCCCAUCAGCGUCAAGUACUCGCACCGGCGCAGCCAGGUGGAGUCCAUGGUGCAUUUCCUCGCGGUGUUAGCAACGGUCCUGGCUUCGUAUCUGUUCUUGCUCGUGCCUCUCUGUGAAACCAUGAUGACAGUCAAACGCGAGCUGUGCGAUGGCCAGAGAGACUUCGUGGUCGCGUACAACACGGAGACACAAGUUUCAUGGGGCCUUCGCACAGAGGACAUUGCUACAGUGCGAGCUUCUUAUGAGCUGUCGCCUAUCGAACGAGCCGUAAUGUCUUACAAGGGCACGCCUUCGAGUUUUGAGGAAGACUGGGCUCGGACAAUUUAUUUCGGAAAUCGACGAACUUUCACUGCAGACGUUGCUCUCUCGAUUGAAAACCUUGGAAAUCAGUUCCCGUUCUGCAUGGAGACAGUAGUUUUGUUGGAAACUGGAUCGCUGCAUCAAGAUCCUGCUUUGCAGCCCAUCGCCGAAAACUUCCUGCGGAAUGCUGCUUCAGCUCUCGGACGACCGACCGCCACGACCUGCGCGGAGCUAGCUGAUCUCUGUGGUUUGCCAGAUGCCCGACUCCUGCGCGUGACCUGCGGCCAAACCUGCGGCUGCACCGACCCUGUAAGCUCGGCAUGGCACAGGGUGCAGCCUCAAGGAUGUACCGAGACGUGCUUGGCCGAAGCAGAACUCAAGCUUCAAAACAUCUCCUGCGAUGAUGUCAUCCACGAUGCUGGUUGGCACUCCUUCUGGCAUGAGUAUCAAGACGCAAUUAUCGGCUUCUAUGGCGAAAGUGUCACUCGGACCCAGUUUUUCGGACAAAUAAACUACACUGCCCAGACCUUCUUGUCUCAGGGGUGCACUGUCAUGCAGACACUUCCGACUGAGCUCUUAACGGGCGUUUCCUGGUGCGAUGGCCAACCGCAGCUGUUCCGCCCAUUGGCCUCCAUGUGCCCAGUCCAGUGUGGCUGCCGGGAUGGAGUAGGACAGGAGAAGUUGGAGAGGCUCCGGCGCGUGCCCACAAUGCCGACCCCGGCAAUCCCAAGCCCAGGGAGCAACAGGCAGCUAUUUGCUGAUCCGGAAGUAGAGUCGAAUCUGGAGGCAUCCGAGUUCCGGAGCAUUGCCAUUGAGGUGCCCCGAGGCCACAUUCAAGAGGUGGAAGAUGGGCUGCGGCAACUUCGCCAGCAGUUCGAAGCCGAGAUUCAAAGCCUCACGGCUCGGUUGGGGACCGUCGAACGACAGCUCGGCGUUUCAGAGACACAGAAUCCAACCUCGCAAGAUGCAUCGCCGGACAGCUGCUCUGCAAACGAGAUGGAAGGUAGAUCAACGCCCGUGCGCUUUGAGGAGAGUGCGUGGAACAUCCCUUUGGUCCUAGGUCUUGCAGAUGUGGGUUGGUUUGACAACGUCUUUGCAGUGCUGCUGGUGCUGCUAAACUUGCUGAUGCAGGGGUCGUUUUCGCAGAUUCUGUUGUCGGAAUACUUUAUGGGCGAGCCGUUCGAGACGAACUUGCAGAGUGCCAAGACGUGGCGGACCAGUAUAGCCCAUGACUCUCGUUACCUGGACUUGGCCGGAACGAGCCUAGUUUCUCGAGUGUGUGCUGGCGAUGGGUCCUUAAUCCUGUCCACGGUCCAGGCGACGCUUGUUGAGCAAAUCAACGAUUUCUUGGGCUUGCAGGAAACGGAAUUUGCAUUCAACUUCUGGCAACCCGGCACUCUCCUGUGCAUGUUGUGCAUCUUGCUGUGGAGCCUGUGUGUCUACAAGGACGCGUCCCACGAGUUGAGGAAGAUUUGGCAUGCACUGGAGGCGGCCGCAACGCUCCCAAAGGCCAGCGCGACGGACUUCCGCGACAACACGAUUCACUGCCUGUCCUGGGGUCGUGCCCUGGCGCUGCUGAUCACGUACAUCAUCCGAGCAGGCAUCGCUUCCGUGCUGCUGGUUGCCGGAAUCCUAUGGCUGGCAAGGACAACAUCCAUUGAGGAGCUGAUGCUUAACUCGGUUGCUUUGAACGCCAUCUUGGAUGUGGAUGAGUUCCUCUUCGAGGGCAUGACGCCUAUCAAACUCCAGCACGCGAUACGAAGUGUCGAGCCCAUCAGCGUCAAGUACUCGCACCGGCGCAGCCAGGUGGAGUCCAUGGUGCAUUUCCUCGCGGUGUUAGCAACGGUCCUGGCUUCGUAUCUGUUCUUGCUCGUGCCUCUCUGUGAAACCAUGAUGACAGUCAAACGCGAGCUGUGCGAUGGCCAGAGAGACUUCGUGGUCGCGUACAGCACGGAGACGCAGAUCUCAUGGGGCUUGGAAACAGAGGCCAUUGAGAAGGUGCGAGACGCGUAUGAGCUGUCGCCCAUCGAGCAAGCUGUUAUGUCUCACAAAAGCACACCUUCGAGUCAAUCGCAGGACUGGCCUUGGACAAUCAUGUUCUCAGUGAACAGGCGAGCCUUCAAUGCUGACAUUGAUCGCUCGACCUCUAAUCUUGGCACGCUAUUCCCCUUCUGCGUCGAGACAGCAGUCUUGAAGGAGACCGGCCCGCUCCACCAGGAUCCGGCCCUGCAGCCGGUGAUGGGGAGCAUUGUCCGGAAUGCAGCUGCAUCACUUGGGCGAUCGAACGCAACGACUUGUGCAGAGCUAGCCGACCUGUGCAGCAUGUCAGAUGCCCGACUUCUCCGCGUGGCAUGUGGUGAGACCUGCGGCUGCACGGACCUGCGAAGUUCCGCGUGGCACAAGGUGGAGGCACAGGGAUGCAGCAAGCGCUGCCUGGCCGAAGCAGAACUCAAGCUUCAAACCAUCUCCUGCGAUGAUGUCAUCGACGAUGCUGGUUGGCAAGCUUUCUGGCAUCAGUAUGAAGACGUGCUCAUCGGAUACUACGGAGAGGGCAUCGCUUUGACCACGCUUUUCGCCCUGGCAAACGAUACAGCCCAGGGCUUUUUGUCUAGUGGGUGCCAGUUCAUGGAGACAGUUCCGUCCGAGCUCUUGACAGGGGUUUCCUGGUGUGACGGCCACCCGCAGCUGUUCCGCCCUUUGGCCUCCAUGUGCCCAGUCCAGUGUGGCUGCCGGGAUGGACGGGCGUCACCUUUGCCAAACGGUUUGCCGAGCUACUGCCCAAGCAGCUGCUCAAACAGCACGCCCAGUUGA